GCUCAUUAUAGCACUGUCACUGUAGAAGAUUGGUGCUCGCAGCGACUGUCAGGAACAGACGAAAAUGACGGGAAUCAGAAAAGGUUUGGAUAUCAACCGUUCUGAACAUGAAGCAAUAUCAGUUCGAGACAACGACAAAGAAGACACAGAUGAAGGAGGUCAUUCCAAAAUUGCCCACAUGCAGGAACAACAAUCACUUAUAACUGAACUCCGGCAUAAUAGAGUCAUCCGUUCCAAGGUCAUACUUAGCAUUUGUGCUACCUUCGUUUACGCCAUGUUGGGAUGGUGCAAAGGCCAAACAGGCCCAGCAUUUCUGGACAUUCUGUAUAUAUCCGGCACAGACCUGGAAAAGGGAUCCGCCUUUAUGACGUCAUACAGCACGGGUAGUGCGAUAGGAUCCAUAAUCGGCGGAUCAUUUUACUCUAAAGGGAACCGAUACCUGUUAUUAGUUGUAGCUUUGGCGAUUUACAGCCUUACACGUGCACUCAUUCCUUGGUGUGUACUUUAUGAACUGAUGAUAACAGCUCACCUGGCCCAUGGUAUUUGCGCGGGGGUGAUAAAUGUAGUGGUGCUAUCCGUUGCGAUUUCAAUCUGGGGAGCUACAUCACGAGGCAGGGUGUAUCUAAACAUGUUCCUACUUUCUGACAGUGCAGCCGGUCUGAUCUCUCCAAUGGUUACGAGCCCAUUUUUAUUGCCGAGAACAAAAGACAUUGUCAUGCACAACGGCCCAAGGAAUUCUACCGUUGCCACAACAAGCACUUUUAUUAUGGAGGGAAAUGCUGCAACUGCCAACGCUACUACCAACUCAAACAUAAUACAAAUUGAAAUGCCAGUAUCCAACGUUUAUAUUGCAUAUUCUAUCUCAGCCGGAUUAGCUUUCCUAGUAACCUUACCAUUCAUUGUAUUGUGUGCCAAAUGGCCUAAAAACGGUACCAAGCGCAGCGUUAACGAAGUACCUCAUUUUCUCGGAAACUUACCUUUAACAAUCAAACGACUUCAGUUAUUGAACGUUGGAAUAUUUUCGACAUUUUACAUGGCGGUGUACUUCAUAUUUACUGGAUAUUUGCCUGCGUUCUGUGUUGAACAUCUACGAUGGACAAAGGCUUCCGGAGCAUGGUUGAUGUCAGUAGUUUAUUUUGCGAUGCUCGGUGGCAGAAUAUGCGGUACAUAUCUGGCUCACUUCUUUAAACCCAUGAAGAUGCUUGUACUUUCUACCUUUCUACAUGUCGUUGGAUUGGUAGGACUUUCCGUCAGUGGUGUCUUCCUGGCUGAUGUGGGGAUCUGGAUAUCUGUAUGCGUCAUAGGUAUUGCUUUGGGUUUCACAUGGCCAAGCCUGUUGAGUUGGACAAACGAGAAUCUAAUUCCAGUUCGCGGUAAAGUUACUGCCUUCAUCUUGUUAAUGGGAUCCGCUGGAACAUUAUCGAGUCCAUUGUUGUUUGGAUACAUGAUGGAAGAGGUCUCGCCUAUUUGGUUUUGUUUCUUAAACUUGGGGAAGACUUGUAUAACUAUUGUAAAUGUGCUAUUAAUGUUUGUGUACACAAGAUCUGUCAGCAGCAAAUCAAGGAUGGAGCAGAACAAUAAACACUCCGACAGUUGAAACUAGACACUGGCUGCUCACACGUGUUUAAAGUACCAAUGUGACUAAGUGAAAUCUAAAUAAAUCUUAAGUAACACGGCAUUUUACGAGAGCCGCAUUUGAUGUCAUUUACAUCACUAACAUUCAACCUUAUUCAGACACAAAAAGAACCAAUAAGAUAUUUAUGUUAUUCCAAAAACAUUGCUUCCGUACUUUAAAUAAAAAAAGUUAAGAAAGCUUAAUUUUUAUGAUAAUAGAAUAACUCUUCCUUCAGCAUAUUUGAAAAACCUUAUCUCCAUAUAACUACGGUCCGACUAAGUAAGCACAUUCAAAAAAGACAAUCAAAAUAUUUCCCGUAUUUUAAACCUAGGAGGGCAUUAAAUAAAUUAUUUAAACUAUCGAGAGACUCCUGUCGUCAAAUAGAAUAUGACGUUUAUGAUACUUAUUGAUUUCGCUGAAGGCGAUCUAGGCAAUUGGCAAAUUGAGAGCAUUCUGAAUUGUGUUUUUCUCAGAAUGAGUUAGGUGUAUCAGAUCAAGCUUUCUAAAACAAUUAGCAGCUUGAAAUUCAAAAUGAAAAAAAAACCCACUCUUUCUUGGCUUGGAUGUCUAAAACAUACUAAAAGAAAGACGAAAUACUAGCUAAUCAUUCUUCUUUUUGUAUAACAAUCUUUCCGAAUACCAGUUAACGACAAGGAUUUUCACCUGGCACUGCAUUGAAAUCCAGGAAUUCUUUAAAUACUGGCGGAAAUAUUGAAGUGAGCUACUAUAAUUAUAAAAUGUUUACAGGCAAGAAUUAUGUUCCUGUCGAAAAGGACAACAUUGUUAGUAUGCAUUCCUCAUUUAAGCAGAACAUCGUAAAAAUUUGAAAUCAUGUUGUAUUUAUCCCAUGCAAUUGUGUCAAAUAACGGCGAAAUAAGAAAUAAAACAUAUUGCAAAUACCAAAUAAAGAAAGUUCAAGGCAAGAAUACUUGUAUUGGUCUCGGGGAAACAACUUAGUUUUUGUUGCAAAUUAUGUAUUCGUUUACAAUGAUUAUUUUGUUG